AUGCGUUGGGCCGAAUUCCAGAGCCUCGCGCCAUCGGCCACUAGACCAGCUUGGCAGGCCUUUGCAGUCCCUGUCCCUCCCUCCAGCCCCUUGCUGCUUUGCGUUCUUGGGCGACCUCGCCGCUCGGAUCUUUGCCGAUCCAGCCUCUGCGAGGACAAGCAGCACACCGUUGUCGCUGUGGAAUGCAAAUGUCUUAAGCCACCUGAGAAAAAGAGGCAGGAUACGUCGUACACGCAGUACGCACUCUGCGCGUGGCACGCAGCCAGCCCCUGGGUACGGACCAAAACGGCAUAG